AAAAAUGCAAUGACAGAAACAACGUUCGAGAACACUCACUCGGAGCAUAUCUUUGUUAUUCAGCAGUUUAAAGAUGAAAUCCUGGAGUUGCAGAAAAAGUGUUCGGAGAAAGAUAAAACUAUUUUCGAACGGGACAAAAAGAUUGCGGAACUGAACUCUGAGAUCAUAGUGCAGGAGCAGCGAGGGAAAUUGAAGAUGACAAUGAUCCAAAAGGAGCACAAUGAAUCGAUACAGUCACUACACGAUCAAAUACGUGCAUUAAAUAAACAGGUACCACAGAGUUGUAGAUUUAUGUCAGUUGAAGUAAAUGGUAUUAAAGCUAAGUCUGUUUGGAGUGUCUCUUGA